ACGCGUACACACCUCCUCUCGUGGGCCACCGCUAUUGGACGCGCACUGUCUAUUAAUGCUCAACUUAGAGGCGCAGGUGUCAAACCGAAACUACCCGCAUGUAAAUAUCAUAUUUGGUUUUCAAGGCAAUGCUUACAAAACGCAUAACAAACUAAGAGUUUCAGUGAGCUCUUCCUGUUAUCAAGUAAAAAAUAGUCUCUCUGACGAUAGUGAAUUCUGUGUUUAUUUAUUGAAGUUCCUGCAUAAGGCAAUGAUGCCUCAAAUCACGUUAGGUGUGAUCAUGCAGCUGACGCUCCUGCUGUCAGCUCUACCUGCGCAGUAUCUCAUCUCCAAAUGGACAAGCGGCACGGCGACACAACGACACAUCGCCACUCAGAGAAUCCUUGACACAUGGGACUCCAUAAGAAAAUCCUACUUGAACACAGCUGCUUGGGUUGACUGGCUAAAUGCCUGGAUUCCCAAACUACCGAACUUCGCAGAGGAAGAGGAGUAUCAAACUCUGGAAGAAGUGCUUGCAAUCGAGUUGAUGAUGCAUGACAAUGAGCAUGGGUACUUUGCAGUGUCAAAGGAGGUGCGAAGCCCCAGGCCGGCAUACGUGCUGCACCGUGUAGGUCAAGUUGUGAUGACACAGAAUAAUAUGGUGGGGGUGAUUGUAGGAUGGGAUGCAGGACUCAGAGCCCCACCAGAGUGGAUCAAGAGAAUGAAAUACUCAGAGCUGGAGAGAGCCAAGGACACUCCUCAUUACAGAAUUAUGUUCAGUGGACCCGAUUCCUCGUCAAUACUGAUUGGAUACAUUCCCCAGUAUAAUAUCAAGCUCUUUCAAGGCUUUCAGCCGGACAUUCCUACUCUACAGCACUAUUUUUCACACUUCGAUGGGGAAAGGUUUGUUAUGGAGGAAUGGUUGCAAGAAAUCUACCCUCACGACUGAAGGAGUGUAAACCUGAGAGGUUUUAAAAACACUUUGAAAUGCUUGAGAACACAGACAUGAUGUCUGCUACCCUUCAUUGACAGUAUUGAUUCUUUUAAAGCAAUUGAAAAACACAAAGACAAAAGGAAGCAAGAAAAUUUGAGAGAUAUAUAUCUUGUUUACAUACCCCAUAUAAAUAUAGACUGAGUAAUUUCAGUUAUUAAACUUAGUCUUGUGGAAUAUAUGUAAAUAUAUGUUAAGCGGCUUUCUCAGGGCAGAACUAAAAAAACACAAAAAGCAAUUUUUAGUAUUGCUUUUUUAUAUUCUUAAAACGAUUAAUGACUUGCAGACUUUGCAAGGGAUAGGUACCGUUAUGAAGAAAAUUUACUGUGAUGUUAAAGGUCAAUUAUAGAUUAAAUUAAAUGUUUCAAAAUGCCCUUACGUCAAAAUACACACAUGUUGAUCUGACUCAGAUGGGUUCCAGAAAAUGAAUUACUUUAACUUUCUGUUAAUACCAUAUAGCAUAUUUAUUUACAUGAGAAAAAUAGAAGGAUUUGUUGUUUAAAACAGUAUUGAGAAUGUGGUAAACAGUGUUCAAUGUAAAGCCAUUGAUACAAACAUGUCUUCUUAUUAAAGUUUAAUUUAUUUG